UGAUGAGAGUGUUCAGAGCCUACUGAGUUAUGAAAAAACACCUAGUGCACUAACUAGUGUUCAGAAGCCAUUAAGUUAUAAAAAACAAUCAAGUGUACUUAGUGAUGAGAGUGUUCAGAGCCAAUUAAGUUAUGAAAAAUCACUCAGUGUCCUUGGUCAUUUGAGUAUUGAGAGCCCAUUUGAAAAACCACACAGUAUACUUAGUGAUGAGAGUGUUCAGAGCCCACUGAGUUAUGAAAAAACACCUAGAGCACUAAAGAGUGUUCAGAAGCCAUUAAGUUAUAAAAAACAAUCAAGUGUACUUAGUGGUUUUGAUGUUCAAAGUUCAUCUUUUCUACAGACCCCAACUGACAGCAAACCACUUGCUACUGGAAGUUCUCUCCCUGGUUCCUCUACACAGAGGAUUCCUGUGCCAAUGAAGCUAAGAUAUUCAAAAAUUAAGAGGCUCAGUUUAAAAGGAUCUAAAGAAUCUAGUCACUUUAAUGAUAUAGUAGCAGAAGAUGCACAUAGACUAGUAAUUGUAAGGAAAAUAUGUGUGGAAAUCUACUUUAACUUGAAUCUGAUCAAGACAAUACAGAAGAAUAUGAGAUGUGUCACAGUUACACCUGAUAACUGUCUAGCAUUUACAAGUGGUUAUGGUAGUGGUGUCAUCAACAUCUACACUCAAGAUGGUGAGCACAUAAGAGACAUCAUCACACCUUUCACCAAUCUAUAUGGGAUUGCAUGUAAUAGUGAUGGUGAAUUAGUUGUUAGUGAUAUGGAUACCAAUACUAUAUCACACAUAAACUAUGACACUGGUGAAGUAUCCCAUACAACAUCAGAUACUCAGUUGUUUUGUUGGCCUUGGUUCAUUGCAGUAAAUAACAACAACAAUGUGAUUGUGUCUGAAGGGUUGAGGGACUGUAUUAUAGUGGUGAGCAGACAGGGUGAGAAGCUGCUGCAAUAUGUUACUUCUGGAUCAGGUGAAGGACAGUUACACACUCCACAUGGUGUUUGUACUGAUGGAGAGCACAUCAUAGUAGCUGACCACUGGAAUCAUAGAGUCAGUUUAAUCAGCUCAGAGGGUAACUUCCUACAACACCUCCUCACUAAGGAUGAUGGACUGUAUCUUCCAAUAGCAGUGACUAUAGAUCAUCAGGGGAAUCUUCUAGUAGUGGAUUGGAGAGAACAACUCUUUGAAGUAAAAUACAAAGAUUAAAUUAUGAUAUGUAUCAACAAUCAUGAACACAUUAUAGAAAUCCACUAUGUUAUUAACUAUCACUAAAUAAGUGAAAUAAAGUAACUCCUUGGACAUUCGAAUGAAUUAUACAUGUACAUACACUUCUUUGAAAGUUAAAAUAUAAAUAUUGAACAAUGAAAUGUAUCAACAACCAUGGUCAUAUUUAUAAACAUCUUUAUUAUUAACUCUCUCUAAACUAUGUAAAAUAAAAGUAUUUCUGAGUAUUGUUCUGAAAAUUACAAAGAGCAAUCUUUCAAGGAUACUAUGGACUAAAUGGACUAUACAUAAAACCUGGUUUAAUGAAAGAAUAAGAGAUCACAGAGAAUUAACUGAUGAUUUUUACACUUAAUUUUAUUUUAAUUUUUAUAUGCAACAGUGUAUUAUGAUUUUGCAUAUUAGAAUCAAAUGGUCAAAAGUUCCACUGCCAAGACCACCUUAACUAGACCAGUUAGCUACUGAUAUAAAAUUAGUUGUUUAGUACAUGCAACAGGAAAAUGAUUAUCUGUGUCAUGAAAAUUGUGGCAAUGCGGAAAAAUCAACAUUUUUUGUGAGAAUUCAUCUUUCGAUUUUCGUACAUUUAAAAAAAUAGUGUUAAAAUGAACAUUUUUUGAAAGGGCUCUUGCUUAAGUAUUGUAGUUUAUAUAUUUGGACAGUUUCUUUCAUUGUUAUUUUAGAACAGAAUCAAAUGCCUGGCCUAUUACAGGAGCAUCUUUUUAGCAAAUCCAUUACCUUGGAUUUUACAAUUGCAAGUACAGGUUGUAGAUUGAAUUAGAUGUU